GCACUCAGUGAGCCUCGGCGACGUCGCCCGACAGGACAGAGGUAGCAGUAGCAGACGAACAGCAGAGUCUUGUCCGGACACUGGUCAAAAACUCCAGCUAACUUUGUGCUUCAAUGCGGCGCUCCACCUGUGACACGAAUAUUUUACUUAUCCUGGUAGUGGUUAGAGAGGCUGCUCCGGACAACUUCUUGUCAACUUUGUAAUCGAACGACAACGAUGUUACCUCAUAAAAGGGCCUGCAACGAUGCCGUGACAUUAGGCAACAGCACGGGUCAACUGGACUUGCCGGUGAAUGUGACAUUGACGUCGCUGGCAGACCUGCCGUUGCUGAAGGUGUUGUCCUAUGUGCCGGGCACGGACCUGGGCGCCGUGGCGCGGGUCUGCACCCGGCUGUACGCGCUGACGCGGGGGCACUGGUCGGUGUGGCGGGGCAAGCAGGCAUGCUUCAGCUUCAAAGACCACGAGGGUCUCCUUGCCCUGCUGCGCGUCACCCCGCCGUCGUGGGAGUCGCUUGAAGUAUGCAUGGCUGACCCGAAAUUGAGGUGGGAUCACAAAGACAUCCCCGACCCGGACCCGAAAGAAAACUACAACGUGGCGAAAGUCAUCGAAGGUGGCAGGACAUUAAGCUUGAGCCUUCUCUCCGAAACUCUGGCCGUGACAGUUAUCCAGGAGUUUGGGCAACGGCGCAUCAAGAAUUUAUCCAUUGAACUACACGACGUCCGCAGGAGGGAUCUGUUUUUUUCCAGUCUGCAUCAGGCCACCUCAUUGGAGACCAUUAAUGUAAAAUGGUCGUGGCCUCCUAGUUGCGAGGGUUGGGAGCCGCAGUCCUAUCGUGCCAGCUCCCGGUGGCCACAGGUGCUGCCUCGACUGCAUAGCGUCACGUUGGAUUAUCGGGGUAAUCAUCACGCAGAGUUCAAACACGAGUGUCGCUGGUUACGGUUGCUGAUUGAAGCGCACUGCGAGCAGCUGCGGCGCGUGUCCCUGCGCUCGCCCGAGGUGAUGUCCCUCCUGGAGUUCUGCCCCAGCGGCCUGGAACGGCUGACCGUCACGCCAGUCGAGGGGAUGGCGGAGAAACUGGAGCCCUUGUUGCAGGGUCUAAGGGAGCUGGAAUUCAUCGGCAGGUUUUCCUCGAAAGCGGGAAAAGAGCUGGCGGUCUUGUUGAGGGCCUGGCCGGGUCCGCUGGUCUCCUUGGGUCUCGAGCACUUCCCCGAGGAGGUGGUGCGGGCCCUUGGGUCGGGCGCUCUGGCCGGCCUGAAGCACCUCAGACUAGGCGACCCGCUCGAGGUCGUCGCCGAGCGCGCCCUGUCCACAGCGCUGCCCGGCCUGCCCAGCCUGACCCGGCUGGUUUUGAGCGCCUUGUAG